GCCGGGCAGCGUGAAAGCGCUGACACGGGCGCAGGUUGCACGCUGCUCGCUUCUCCUCCUACCGGAUGUUUCACAGACAGAACCUCGAGUGAGACGUUUGGCAUCACGCAGGCAAGCGACAAAAAGACAAAGGUUUCUUUCUUUCAUUUUUUUUCACACCCUUCCUACUCGCAUCCGCUGGGAAUCCCUCCACCAUGGCUUCCAACUUCAACGACAUAGUCAAACAGGGAUACGUGAGGAUACGGAGUAAGAAACUGGGGGUGAGUACUAGGUGCACCUUCCCUCUGCCUACUGUGGCUAUCUUCCGAAGAUGUUGGCUGGUAUUGAAAAAGGCGUCUAGUAAAGGACCACGACGCUUGGAGAAGUAUCCAGAUGAGAAGGCCGCUUAUUUUAGGAGUUUCAACAAGAUCACUGAGCUCCAUAAUAUCAAGAACAUUAGCAGGAUGCCCAGAGAGACCAAGAGACACGCUGUGGCCAUUAUCUUCUGUGACGACACUUCCAGAACGUUUGCCUGCGAAUCAGAGCUGGAUGCGGAGGAAUGGUGCAAGCUCCUGAGCGCCGAGUGCCUGGGUAGCCGUCUCAACGACAUCAGCCUGGGCGAACCAGACUUGCUAGCGGCGGGAGUGCAGCGGGAGCAGAACGAGCGUUUCAAUGUGUACCUAAUGCCCACCCCGAACUUGGACAUCUACGGGGAGUGCACUAUGCAGAUCACCCAUGAGAACAUCUACCUGUGGGACAUCCACAACGCCCGCCUAAAACUCGUCAUGUGGCCUCUCAGUUCGCUCCGCAGAUACGGUCGAGACUCCACCUGGUUCACGUUUGAGUCCGGAAGGAUGUGCGACACAGGCGAGGGCUUGUUCACGUUCCAGACACGAGAGGGGGAAAUGAUCUACCAGCGCGUUCAUUCGGCUACUCUGGCCAUUGCCCAGCAGCAUGAGAGAAUGAUGGAGGAGAUGGAGAAAAGCUCCCAGGUGCGCUCUUCGGAGACGCUCAGUAAGUCCAUUUCCCUGCCCCGCAGCGCCUAUUGGCAACACAUCACGCGGCAGAACAGCGUGGGAGAUCUCUUCAGUUACCAAGCGAGCAGCAUGUCGAUGACGUUCAUCCCUCGAGCUCAAACUUUCCCAAACUUUCUGUCCAACGAGCCCAAAAGGAAAGCAGAAGACGGAAAAGUUGAAGAGGGGAGGAGGCGCCAGGAAGAGGCGCUGUCGUCCUCUAGCGGCCGAGAGGCCGCUUGCAGCUUGAGGCCGCUGCAAUGACAACAGUGGACACUGUAAAACGCAAUGUCAACCUAUAUGUAGUAUAUGACGUCAUUUCAAGAGUUGCUCCACCUUGUUUUGUAAUGUGACAGCAGAAGUAGCCUCAAUGGCACCAGACUUGUUUAAAUAAAUGUGUUCUUUUUAUGUUAAAGAACUUGUGACGUCACUGAAAUGUCCAAUCAAACACCUUAUUAAAGCUGACAUCGCAGUCUCAUUACACUGUAUUUAAGAUACAUAAUAGAAGACUGGAUCGUUUUAAUUGACACUGUUUGCUAGGUAUUUGUUUAUUAUUGUGAUUGUAUUUUUCUUCAAAAAACUCAUUGCAAAUAGUAAGUAGAAAUGCAACACAAUAAUGAAAAGUUAUUCCGCUGUGAAACCUAGUAAAAUCAAAAUAUAUGAUAAAAUGUUCCAACCCAGUUCACAUGAACGG